CUUUGUGAAACCUGUUUCCAAUCUCCUCUGAAGGUCAAAUUCUGUCACGAGAUUCUUGGAGUUUCUUCCAGAAAAUCUUCUGAAUUUCUUUUUUCUCUGAUUUUGGUCGAAGUUAAUUUCAUAAAAAUGGCUUUGAGUGAUGCCGACGUUCAAAAACAAAUUAAACAUAUGAUGGCCUUUAUAGAACAAGAAGCUAAUGAAAAGGCUGAAGAAAUUGAUGUAAAGGUGAGUAAACAUUUGAAAAGAAUACAGAAUUGUAAAAUUUGUAACUACUUUAUAUUAAAUUUAGGAAUUCUUGUUAUUUUGAUAUUUUCUCUUUCUUUUUUCAGCCAAAGCUCAAAUCUUUUAAACCAAGCACGUUUGAAAGUCCUUAGAGAUCGAGAAGAGCAUAUAAAAGAUGUUUUAGAAGAGGCUCGUCGUCGUCUUGGGCAGGUGACAAAUGAUAAACACCGUUACAGAGGUAUUCUUGAAGGACUCAUUACACAGGCUCUAUUCCAACUUCUUGAGACUAAUGUAAUUAUCAAAUGCCGUGAACAAGAUGUAAAUUUAGUCAAGGAAGUUUUACCUCAGUGUCAAGAGAACUUCAAGGCUGCUACUAGCAAAGACGUAAAAGUAACUAUCAGUACAGAUAGUUUUCUAGCCAGCUCAGUAUCUGGUGGAGUGGAAGUCUUUGCCCAACAAGGAAAAAUCAAAGUUAUCAAUACUUUGGACAAAAGACUUGAACUCAUUAGCCAACAGAUGUUGCCACAACAGAGAGAAAUACUUUUUGGGAAGAAUGUUAAUCGCAGAUUCUUGAAUUAGUUAUUCUUUUAAAGUUAAUCGUUUUUUUUUUUCUUCAAAGCGUUCCAUUGAGACACUUUUUAAUUUUUUUUUCUUUCGUGUAAUAUAAAGUCUGAUUAAUUCUAGAUCUUACAUCUCAAAACUAUUAAUCAUUGUUUUUGAAAUUGAUUGGAUCACAUACACACACACCAAUACAACUUUUAAUCCUAGUUGUGAUUUCAAUUAUAGAUUUUUGUUCAUUCCAAAUCUUAUUUUUGAUGUAAAAUGAAAUGUAAAAAGUGAAUAUUUCUUUCUCCGGUCAUUUUCUAGCUGAUUAGCAAUAAUUACACAGGUGGAAUAGUUUCCUGUUUUCUGUAAAUUUUGGGUACAUUUGUAUUCCAUUACUUGUUAAAUUUGAAUAUAAAAUAAAUUCGUUAAAAUAA